GGAAUGUAUAGAUUUAUCCGAUUACAAAAACCUCUGAAAAACCCCUCUCUCUCUCUCAUUCUUGAAUGGGGGUGUUAUCUUUUACAAUUUCUUCAUCUUCUUUCUCCACGCCUAUCGUCUCCUCUCGCCACUCUCAAUGUAUCUCUUUCUGCAAUUCUACUCUUCCCCGUAAUAACAGAUACAAUAAACACCGCAGUAGAGCUUAUCUUCUCGCAACUAGUAGAAAUUGUGUUUCUUACAAGCCCACAUCAGCUGCAGCAGCACCUUCUGACUUCGACACUGUCAAUAUUGCCGAAGAUGUCACCCAGUUGAUUGGGAGAACACCGAUGGUAUAUCUUAAUAAGGUAACAGAAGGCUGUGUAGCAAAUAUUGCUGCAAAACUCGAGAGUAUGGAACCCUGCCGAACUGUAAAAGACAGAAUCGGUUACAGUAUGAUUUCUGAAGCUGAAGAAAGUGGAGCAAUUUCACCAGGGAAGAGUAUAUUAGUUGAACCAACUAGCGGAAACACAGGACUUGCUAUUGCAUUUGUAGCAGCAGUAAAGGGAUAUCAAGUUGUAGUCACCAUGCCUUCAUCCAUUAAUAUUGAGAGACGAAUCCUUUUACGAGCAUUCGGAGCAAAAGUUGUUUUGACAGACCCAACACAAGGUAUAAAUGGUGCUGUUGAUAAGGCCAAAGAAAUUGUUCGAAGCACGCCAAAUGCACACAUGUUUAGACAGUUUGAUAAUGAGAACAAUACAAAGAUCCAUUUUGAGACUACAGGACCUGAAAUAUGGGAGGAUACUUUGGGUACCGUUGACAUACUUGUAGCAGGUAUGGGAACUGGUGGAACCGUUACUGGAACUGGGCGUUACUUGAAAAUGAUGAAUGAACACAUCAAGGUAAUUGGAGUUGAGCCUGCAGAAAGAAGUAUUAUAUCUGGAGAAAACCCAGGUUAUGUGCCAAAAAUAUUGGAUGUUAAUUUGCUUGACGAAGUCUUGAAGGUAACAAAUAAAGAAGCUGUUGAAAUGGCAAGAAAAUUGGCGCUAGAGGAAGGUUUGCUGGUUGGUAUUUCUUCUGGAGCGGCGGCAGCAGCAGCUAUACGCAUUGCAAAGAGACCUCAAAAUGCUGGAAAGCUCAUUGCAGUUGUGUUUCCAAGCUUUGGUGAGAGGUAUAUUUCCACUGUUCUUUUUGGUUCUAUACAUGAGGAGAUGCAAAGGAUGCAAGUAUAAUGCACAUUACGGCAAUAUUGAUAUUUAGGUAGAAUCCUUUCAUAUCAAGAAAAGUUUACUGGACAAGUGUCAAAAGAGUCUCCGUAUGAGCUGAUUACACCCGUCUCCCCUUUUCGAUGCCAUUUGCCAACCGUGCCCAAUAUCCUAGUGAAAAAACUUCCUUCAGCAUUUGUAGCAUUACACUGAAAGUAUUAAGAAGGCUGUCGUGUAUUCCGCAUCUGGAGCGCAAUUGAUGGGGCAGUAAUCUAUGAGCUACAACUUGAUGUGCAAGUCCCUCUACCAAACCAUAUAUCAAGUUAAAGAUUUGUAUAUUUGUGCUUACAAGACAUGGGUUUGUAGCAGUUUCAAUACAACUUGCAAAAGUGAUUUUUAUUGAGCUUUUUGUUUUUUCUAAAUUUUUAUUGAACAUUUGUUAUUGGUGGUAUGGGAAUCUAAAAAUGUUACAUUCAUUUAUA